UCAAAUAUUAAGUUUUGAGAUAGUUAUAAUGGUCAAAAAGCCAAACUAGACCAAGCUAAUUAAGCUCGAAACAUUUAUUUUGAAUAGCUUUUUGUAAGCUAGCUAUCCGGUGUUGGGUACGCUGUGGUUAGCAUAUUUACAAGUCAUGAUAAAGUAGCCACAUUCAUGUCUGCAAUUACAAAGGCAAUGUCCAAGUUCCGCCUGGCAGUCAUUCAGCUGCAGGUGAGCAGCGUCAAGGCGGACAACCUGAGCCGGGCCAGGAGGCUCAUCAACGAGGCGGCGGGACAAGGCAGCAAAGUGGUGCUUUUGCCGGAAUGCUUCAAUUCGCCGUAUGGAACUGGAUUCUUUGCUUCUUACGCUGAGAGGAUCCCAGGGGAGUCCGCUCAGGUCCUGUCCCAGGCUGCCAAGGACAACAACAUAUAUCUGGUAGGAGGCUCCAUCCCUGAGGAAGAUGCUGGCAAGUUGUACAACAGCUGUCUUGUGUUUGGGCCUGAUGGAGAGCUCCUCGUCAAACACAGGAAGAUCCAUCUCUUUGACAUCGACAUUCCGGAGAAGAUCUGCUUCCAGGAGUCGGAGACACUAAGCCCCGGCAGCACCUUGUCUGUGUUUGACACACCUUUCUGCAAGGUGGGAGUGGGGAUCUGUUACGACAUGAGAUUUGCCGAGCUGGCACAGCUCUACAGCAGGAAGGGAAAGGAAGGAACAGAGUGCCAUCUGCUGGAUAUGUUUGAGAACACGUCUUUGGUGCUCAGGGUGUCAGCUGCUGGUCUAUCCAGGAGCCUUCAACAUGACCACAGGCCCCGCCCACUGGGAGCUCCUGCAGAGGGGCAGGGCGCUGGACAACCAGGUGUACGUGGCCACGGCAUCACCCGCCAGAGACGAGGGUGCCUCCUACGUGGCCUGGGGUCACAGCAGCGUGGUGAACCCCUGGGGAGAAGUUAUCUCCAAGGCCGGUGCAGAGGAGGCCAUCAUCUACGCCGAUAUCGAUCUGCAGUUCCUGGCUGAUGUGCGACAGCAGAUCCCCAUCACGGCCCAACGCCGCCACGAUCUCUAUGCCGUGACGAGUGCUCAGGAUGCACGGAGAUGAAAGGGCCCGCCUCCUUGAACUGGAAGCAUGCGUGUGAUUUCUGAUGCUUACUGCCAAGAAUGAAGUCAUCACAUCAUCCAUGAUGUCAUGGUGUAAAUAUCAAUCGUGGAUUCAUUAGUAGAAAGAAGCAAAGUGGAAUAAACGUUUGCCACUUUUGCCAUGUGGACAUCUUUUAUUUAGAAAACCUUUUGAAAAGGAUCACAUCAAGGAUGCCACUUUAUCAUGUUGAUAUUUUCUAAAGUUAUGCCAAAGUUUCAGAUAACGAGGUUUGCACAUUUGGAAGUGAGCCCUGAAAGAAGUUUGGCUCAAAACGCUUGGUUUCAGAAGGCGUGGUAAAACUGUUCCUUUGUGAUGUCACAGAGGAGCCACCGUCCUUAUAUGGGUGUGGCUGUAGGCCAAAUACACUCUCUGCCCUCCCCCAUGCUCUGCUGAGAGGCAAGCUCCGGCAGACGUUACUGUAUUUGGUGAUUCCCAGCAAGAGAAAAAAUAUUUCCAUCUGUCAGCAUUUCACAUGGGACUGUUUUUAUGAACAUGGACGUGAAAUGUCGGACACGCUGUGAGUCCACGGAGGUGGAAUAAACCACGGUGCUCACUGCCUGGAACACAUAAUGACCACAAUUCCACUUCCGUUGCAGUUAGUAAACACGGCGCCCUCAAGUCCGGCUUCUGGGCAUCACUCUGACAAAGUGUGUUCGACAAUGAGUGCUCCUUCUCAGGCGGGCGAGGUUGGAGGCAAUGGCCACAGGUCCGACUUCUCCUGAGCUCCACUGCACCAGCGGUGCCGACUUGCCAUGCCGGUCCAGGUAGAUCUGGUAGCCCACGCCCACGGCCACCAUGACGCCCACCACCAUGCAGAGGGCGGUGCUAAACAUCCACAUGGCCUUCGUCGCUCGACUCACCACCGGGCCGCUCCACACGGCGUCUGAGCAUCACAAGGAGGUAAAAGCGUUUAUAAACAGUCCACCCCGCCCGCCAUCUGAGGUCACACUCACGGGUGGAGGAGGUCAAGUUUUCGUUCAUGGGCGGGUUCUCGAUGACGCACGACACGUUGGUGUUUGAGAUGUUGAUGGUCAAGUAGCUGGUGACGUUGUAGAGGUGAGAGUCAGGCAGUAGUCCCACCAGGGUCUUUACGGAGCCGCCGCCGGCCUCCGGGGCGCCGCCGUCCACCAGCCAGUGCACGACGGGCUCGGGGAAGCCGCCGGCGGAGUGGCACAGGAAGACACUUUCUUCGUCGUCCUCCUCAGGAGCCUCCCAGUGCAACACGG